AUAAACGUCAUCAGUAUGCGACAACACACCAGCACCACCUUUCUUAUUUGGAAACAGAAAUAUCUAGGAAAUGCAUCUUUGUUUCAAAAUAUGAUCUAUUUAAAGACUGUUUUGAAGAAAUCGCACGUAUUUGGUUGGCUUAAUUAGGUUUACAGAAAUGUUUCGUAUAUCAGUUAGUGUGUGGUCGAGGCAUUUCUAAAAGGAGAGGCCCCCUCCUCCAUCAGACUCCCGUCUUCCUGUGUUGGGGAGGUGUGACGCUGUCGUCCCUGUACACCUGAGCCCAGUACAGACAUGGGUGGAGACGUUGGAGAGGCGGGACAGUAAAUGGUUAGGUUUGGUUGACCUCCACCCCGAUGUCUUUGCAGUCCCUACCAGGUGGUGUUUCUCAUGGACCCAGAGGACCAACCAGUUUUUACUACUUGUUUCCCAUGAAAGUACGUGUUCAAGGGCUAAAAAUUGCCCUCAGCUCUAAACAGGAUUAUCUCCAUGUGGUUGACACUCUGAACAUCCCCACACCUGACCCACAGUACCUCAUGGACCUCAUCAGAUACCGACAUUGGGGGGGGGAGUCUGUUUUGAUAGUUGAUGUGGGCGAAGAGCUUCCUGAGAACAUCCUUCAGGCCACUGAGAGCUUGAAGACUGUGAAUGUCAUUCCAGCCAUAGGCCUGAACGUUCAUAGCAUGCUAAAACACGAGGUCCUGGUCCUCACCCUGGAAGCAGUAAAGUUUCUGGAAAACAAGCUGCUUUGGCACGAUGAACGCUUCACACCGCUGUACCCCUUCAAACUGACCUGCCUUGAAGGCACUGGGUGAAGGAAUAACGUCAUGUAACAUAUUCAAUGAUCCAAAUGUUUGUCAUGCCUUUUAAUAUAAUAAAUAAAUGUCAAUGAUAA